AUGGCGCAUGCAUGCAUGGCUUUGAGCUAUCUUCUGCAGCAGCAGAUCAGCCUGGCCAUGGACUGCUGCCAUCAGGCCUUGCAGAGACCAACUGCAGCAAACACGGAGGCCUUGCAUCUGGCACGUUUCCUGAAGAGCUUCUGCCACCUCCGCAACUUUGAUGUCGAGGCGGCUUUGGAAGCUGUUUCAGAAACGCUUCAAACUUGCGGUGGUGAUAAUCCACUGCGGGAGAGCAUGGAAGCUUUCAAGGUCCGUCUGCAGGCAAUGCUGCCAAAGCCUGGACAAGCAGAUGUCAUCCACAUGGCUGACAACUUCGACACGCAAACCACUGCAGCUUUCUUGCAUCUCACGCUUGGCCAGUGGGACGACGCCGAAGAAGUCCUACAAAAUGUUUUGCAAGGCGACGGUUGCUGCCCAGAGGCCCUGCUGAUGCAAGCGCAGCUCCUGCUGAGGCAGAACAAGUUUGGCUGCGCCAUUGAAUACCUGCAGAAAUGCUUGCGCCAGUCCUUCACUCUUCUCUACAGCAGGAGAGAGCAGGUGCUGGUCCAUUUGCUGGCCUGCCUUUGUUAUCAUCGCCGUGCAUCAGGUGGAGAUGCAUCUCUCUCCAGUGCGGACAGGAGCGAAGUCCUUGAAAACUCACCGCGACUGAGCGAGGGCAGCCCUGCCACAGGUCAGUGGCGCGCAAGCCUGAUGCGCUUCCUCACGGGACGCACCGAUGACGCAGCAGACGCAGGUUAUGCAGCGAGCGCUGCGAGAGAAGGUCAAGAAGCUGGACCACCCCCAGGAAAGAAUGAUCUCAACACUGCCUCAAGGCAUUUCGCAUCGGCCAUCGAAGUGGAGCCGCAAGUCAAAGAUACUAUAGCGGCAUGCACAGAUGCAGUCAACCUAACGCUUCUGCUUCGCAAGCGAAGUCUUGCCAUCGAACUGGAUGCCGAAGAAUCCGGUAUUCUCUUUCAGCAUGCUCUGAAUUCACCUGCAAGUUCUGAACGAGGCGACCUAUUUGCCCCGCCAAAGAUGCCAGCGCUCGUGGGUACUGCCUCUACGGCCAUGCCGGCCAGCGACAACCCUUCUCGCCAGAACUCUGAGACUCAGCUUACAGUCGUUAACGACAGCAACACUCCACCCACGAUGGAAAGCAUCUCGCGGACUCUCUCGCAAGACCGGCUUCUGAAUUUCGCAGAGCUAGAAUUUGGCGAGCUUUUGAGCAGAGGCGAGAUCACGAUUGUGCAGAAGGCUGUGCACCGCGGUUUACCCGUGGUGGUGAAAGCACUCCACUACGAAGGUUCUGCAUCCAGCUGUGAGGCUGUGGAGGAUAUGCUGGCUGAGAUUAAGAUUCUCACCAAGCUCAGCCACCCACGACUGGUGCCACUGGUUGGGGCAUGUUUGGAAGCUACACAGCUUGCUUUGGUGACUCGGUUAGCCCCGGGUGGAAAUCUGCACCAUGCACUGCACGUGCGAAGGCACAGUUUCAGCAGAGAGGUUUGCUUUCAACUCGCGAUGGACUGUUUGGAGGGUGUGCGCUAUCUGCACUCCCUGCAACCACCCGUGCUGCACCUGGAUUUGAAGUCAAUGAACCUGGUGCUGGACGUGGAUAUGCAGCAUCUUCAAAUUUGCGACUUCGGCCUUUCACGCUUGGCGAGUGCAGGACGCCGCGGGCUGGGCAGGGGCGGCUCCCCAAGGUACAUGGCGCCAGAAUGCUUUGACGAGCAGCUGGGCGCGCAAACUGAGCCGCUAGGAGGGUCCAGCGUGCACUGCUCUGUGGACAAUCUCAGGAAAACCGACGUUUGGCCACUGGCUAAGUGUAAUGUUCAGCAGAUCCUGAACAUGCUGCUUGUGCAGCAGCUGCCUCCGCCCCUGCCCGACAAUAUGGAGGCUCGCAUCAAGUCUGUGAUUGCCUACGCACUGCAGUACGAGGCUGCAGCGAGGCCACAGAUUGGCCAGCUACUGCUGCAACUGCAGCAUGCAGCAGAGCAACCGCAACAGGUGAGCAAAUCGCGCUUCCAAUGGAUUCCAUAG